AUGGACACCCACAAGGAUGUGCAACCUCCAAAGCAGGAACCAAUAAUAUAUAUCUGUGGAGAAUGUCACACAGAAAAUCAAAUAAAAUCUAGGGAUCCAAUUAGAUGCAGAGAAUGUGUAUACAGAAUAAAGUACAAGAAAAGGACUAAAAGAUUGGUCAUUUUUGAUGCUCGAUGA